AUGCCCUUUUUUCUUCGACUCAUCUCUCAGCCAGGAUGCGGCCACAGCACGGGAGUCGCUCACAUGGACCACGCGUUUCCCGGGAACCAUUUCAAGGCAGCACUUUUCCUCGACCAUGAGUUUGGGGACAUUGAGGCAGCCGCACGGCUUGGCGACAAGCAGAAGCUUCUUUUCUACGCCCUGCGGCGGCAGGCCGAGCAUGGUCCAUGCACGGGCGCGGCGCCGUCCAUAUGGUGGACGCGUAAGCGCAUUAAGUGCGAUGCAUGGAAGCAACUGGGCGACAUGUCUGUAUAUGAGGCGAUGGUAAAUUUUGUGAGGUCAUUUGGGGGUGUUUAG